AUGUCGCACUCUGCCGAUUUCGAGUCUUUUCAUCUGGCGUCCAGGCCUGCCAGUCGAAGAGCAUCACCUGUGUCCCUCACCCCUGCCGGCAUUCAGCAGACUCUCACAGACUCCUACAUAGCAGAGGCAAGAGCCACGGAAGACGAUUCCGUGGCAACCCGCAGCCCUCGCUCCUCACGGUUCAGCGGUAGCAACCUCAUCAAUACCUUUGCUGAGAGCAAGGACGGUCAUUUCCAGCGUUCUGUGAGUCCUACCUUUGUCCAUCUCCAGUGGCUUGCCUCUCAGAUGUGCAUUCAGGCGCAUCCCAAGACCAGAGACGAAGCGCCCCCGCCCCGGGACGCGCUGGCGGCUAUUCCUGGAGUGAAUUCUCAACCGGCCGAGGCUUGGGUUGAAUGCUUGAAGGUCCUACGAGAAUAUGACGAACAGAUGGUGAGGGGCUGGAAAGAAGACGUCGAUAGUCUUUUAGUAUUCGCUGGUUUAUUCUCGGCUGUCGUGACUACGUUCAACGUGGAAGCAUACAAGCUCUUGCAAGAGGACUCAGAAGAAGCGUCCGCCGAUCUGCUGCGUCAAAUUUCCAUGCAACUUGCUUCCGGAGCACAGCCCAAACCAUCAGACGUCUUCCAGCCCGAGGCUCGGUCCAUUAGAAUCAACAUAUUGUGGUUCUCAAGCCUCGUACUCAGCUUGAUAUCCGCCUCAGUCGGCAUCCUCACAAAACAAUGGCUCCGCGAAUAUAUCAGCAACUCCGCCAGUUCAACUCGAGAGAACGCCCGUAUCCGACAAAUACGCCACGAAGGCUUCGUACGCUGGCGCAUUCCACUCACGAUCGCUCUCCUUCCAGUAUUACUCCAAGUUGCACUUGCUCUUUUUUUAAUCGGGCUACUCGAUCUCCUCUGGAGCUUGGACAAUAGAGUUGCCAGCGUCAUCACAACCCUCGUCGCCAUAUCACUGGCAUUCCUCGUUGUCACCACCAUCCUACCCACCUUCUCGAUAUCCUGUCCAUAUAAGUCACCGCAGUCCCUAGGAGUCUUUCUCAUUGUCCAAUCUCUACGCUGGCUUAGCUCCUGGGUCGCCACCAAGCUGUACUCUUUCAUGGGCUACAGUCAUCGCCAAUGGCCUUUGUAUGUCAACGUUUCUCUCUUCAAGAAUCGCCGUCGUCGCACCCUUGCAGGCUGGCUUCGCUCCUUCAUGGAGGAGAAACAUUGCACCAACUGGCGAGAUCGCGAGAAGGCGAUGGCUCGUGAAGAUGAGGCGGCUUUGGACGCCCGCAUCUUGGUGGACGCCGACGAGACUUUUAUGGACGACGAUUUCCUUGAACACGUUUUACGACCAUGCCUUGCUAGCACCGGCCAUUCUACUCUGGGAAACAGCCUCUUUCGUAUCGCGACCCAUCGAUCAGACCACGUGCAAGAUGGCGACCCGCACUGGAGGCACACAGAUGACGCCGAUGGAGGGGUCAACCUGCUUCUUCACAUCGUUAUAGACUCGCUCACCGCUCGUGAUCAAUAUGACUCUACCACGGUGUCCAUGCUCACAGUUGCCAACAACCUUUGCCGCGCAAUUCCCUUCGAGAAAGGGCAUCCCGAUACUCUCUGUCUCUAUCAACGCCUGUUCGACGCCUUGUCAAGCUACCUUGCGAAGGAAAGUCUCGUCCAGCGCGCCUCAUUUGGACUCAUGCGUAGCGUGUGGUUUCGCUCUACUGCCGAUGUUUCCCCUUCAGUCAUCCAGAAUAUAGCGACCUUCGCUCAUGCUUCCAAGGUGGCCAACGACAUUGCCACGUUUCAGCUCGCGUGCGAAAUGGCGCUAGCCUUCUCCACCGCCCCCAACUUUCCCAGUAUAGCAUUCAACGCGGUCCGCCCAUCGCUGCAAUUGAUCUUACAGGACCUCGAGGCCCAUUUUUCGGCACCCUCAACGGCCGCACAAGCUCUGCACUCCUGCGACGCUAUCCUACCCCGAUCCCCUCUCCAGCCGGCGGUCGACGUAGACCCGCUCCCAGGCCAGAGCGCGGCGAUCCUGCUCUCUCUUGAAGAGCUCAUGCAGCUCGACCCGGACCUCUUCACGCCUAAGCUCGAGAGCAUCCUUUCGCGCGUCGACGUCCCCGACAACGCGAGCAUGGAGAGCGUCCUCCGCCGCCGGCUUGCGUGCGCGCGCGACGCGCGCCGCACGCGCGUUCUCCACUGGCGCCCGCGUACAGCCCAGCGUCGCAGAGCCAUCGACGUUCGCGCGGGCAACGUCGCUGAGAACCUCAACCUCCUGCUUCCGGAUACUCCUAUCGUACCAAACACCGCCGAGGUCUACGACGGUUCCCUUGGAGGCAGCCCUCGAGCCAGUCCUACAAGCCCCGCCAUCGAGAUACCCAGUGGAACCGUGGGCACUGCACUGGAGCAGAGCCCGACUUUGCCGAAGCUGGAAAUGGACAUCACCCUCUUCCCCAUCCCAGAGUCUCCCGAGUCAGUUGCCGCGGGCCGCCGUGGCGGCGCUGCGAGAGGCGACUCGCCCCGCACUCCUGUUGGCGCCCACACAGCUCCGCGCACAAUGCCCGGCGGUUCUGCAGAUCACCAUCAGCAUCACCGCCAUCCCUCUCGUGCUUUCCUACCGAGCCCCGAGCCCCUGAACUGGUCCCCCUUCUCGUGCUCGGGACCGUUAUCGGACGAGGAGUCCAGGGCCUCCCCGGGGAAUUAA